AUGGCAGUCGACUUUUCUGCCGAAGAGGCCGCGACUCUCAAACGCUGGCGCGAGAUUGACGCCUUCCAGACCCAACUGCGCCUCUCCAAAGACAACAAGCCCUACACCUUUUACGAUGGCCCGCCAUUUGCGACCGGCUUGCCUCACUACGGCCACUUGCUGGCUUCUACCAUAAAAGAUAUUAUUCCGAGAUAUUGGUCGAUGAAGGGCUACUAUGUCGAGAGGAGGUUCGGCUGGGACACCCAUGGCUUGCCAAUCGAGUAUGAGAUUGACAAGAAAUUCAACAUCUCAGGACCGGCGGCAGUGAAAGAGAUGGGAAUUGCAAAAUACAAUGCGGAGUGCAAGGCUAUUGUCAUGCGAUAUGCAGCCGAGUGGAGGGAGACGAUUGACCGGUUGGGACGGUGGAUUGACUUUGACAACGACUACAAGACCAUGAAUCCCACCUUCAUGGAGUCGGUAUGGUGGGUCUUCAAGCAGCUGUUCGACAAGGGCAUGGUGUAUCGCUCCUACAGAGUCAUGCCCUUCUCAACCGCACUGAGCACACCGCUAAGCCAGCACGAAGCUCAAUCCAACUACAAGGAGGCACAAGACCCUGCAGUGGUCAUCGCCUUCCCGCUCCUUGAGGAUCCUGAGACCAGCCUUCUUGCUUGGACAACUACGCCCUGGACCUUACCGUCGAACAUCGGCUUGGCCGUCAAUCCCAAUUUUGAGUACAUCAAGUUUGUGGACCAAGACUCCGGUCGCAAGUACAUCAUGCUUGAAAAAUUGUUGGGAACACUAUAUAAAGACCCGAAGAAAGCCAAGUUCAAGGUGCUAGAGAAGAUCAAGGGUUCAGACCUCAAGGACAAGCAAUACUCACCACCCUUCGACUACUUCUAUGAGGCAUACAAGGAUCGUGCUUUCAGAGUGCUCAAUGCCGCUUAUGUCACGGAUGAUGAUGGUACCGGUGUCGUCCACCAAGCACCCGCGUUUGGUGAAGAAGAUUUUCGGGUGGCCAUGGAAAAUGGCAUCAUCAGCCACGACCACCUCCCUCCCAACCCCGUGGACGAGACAGGACGCUUUACAAAAGAGGUCACAGACUUUGCGGGUCAGCAUGUGAAGGAAGCAGACAAACACAUCAUCAAACAUCUGAAGGGUACUGGGCGCCUCAUCCGGGACAGCCAACUAACCCAUCAAUAUCCCUUCUGUUGGCGGUCAGACACACCCUUGAUCUACCGUGCUGUAUCCGGCUGGUUUGUCAAUAUUGCUGGGAAUGACAAGGUGCCAAGCAUCAUUCCAGAUAUGCUCGACGGAAUUGCGAAAUCCCACUGGGUCCCAAAUUUUGUAAAAGAGAAGCGAUUUGCGGAGUGGAUCAAGAACGCUCGUGACUGGAAUAUCUCGAGAAACCGAUAUUGGGGAACCCCUAUUCCGCUGUGGGCGAGCGAGGACUACUCGGAAAUUGUUGCUGUCGGCAGCAUAGAAGAGCUGAAGAAGCUCAGUGGCUACGAGGGCGAGAUCACAGACCUCCACCGUGACAGUGUGGAUGAGAUUACAAUUCCCAGCCAGAAAGGCAAUGGUGUUCUGCGCCGCGUUGAAGAGGUGUUUGAUUGUUGGUUCGAGUCUGGAAGUAUGCCCUAUGCCUCGGCACACUAUCCCUUCGAAAACUCAGAAUACUUUGAGAAGACAUUCCCGGGUGAUUUCAUUGCCGAAGGUCUCGACCAGACGCGUGGAUGGUUCUAUACCCUUGUCGUCUUGGGCAUCCACUUGAAGAAAGUAUUGCCCUUCAAGAACUGUGUGGUCAACGGUAUUGUGCUUGCGGAAGAUGGCAAGAAAAUGUCCAAAAGACUCAAAAACUACCCAGACCCCAACACAGUCAUUGACAAGUACGGUGCAGAUGCCCUGCGACUGUACAUGAUCAACUCACCCGUCGUACGAGCCGAGCCGCUGAGAUUCAAGGAAUCCGGUGUCAAGGAGAUUGUUGCAAAAGUUCUUCUGCCUCUGUGGAACAGUUACAAAUUCUUUGAAGGUCAAGUAGAGCUACUGAAGAAGAUUGAGGGCAUUGACUACGAGUUCAGGCCGGAAAUGGACACCACCAACACCAACGUCAUGGACAAAUGGAUUCUCGCCAGCUGUCAAAGCUUGCUGAAAUAUAUCAACGAGGAAAUGGCGGCAUACCGACUCUACACGGUCGUGCCGGGGCUGCUCAACCUGAUCGAUGAGACCACAAACUGGUACAUCCGAUUCAACCGAAAAAGAUUAAAGGGCGAGCUGGGUGUGGAUGACACGCUGCAUGCCUUGAACACUCUGUUUGAUGUCCUCUUCACUCUCGUCCGCGGACUCGCACCCUUCACACCAUUCAUCGCCGAUCUCAUCUACACUAAACUCCUGCCUUAUAUACCGAAAACCCUGCACAGCCAAGACAUGCGCAGCGUUCACUUCCUCUCUUUCCCCGAAGUUCGACAGGAGUUGUUUGAUCCAGUCGUGGAACGACGAGUGGGACGGAUGCAAAAGGUCAUUGAACUGGCCAGACAGUCCAGAGAAAGAAGAACUAUCGGCCUGAAAACGCCAUUGAAGACGCUAGUAGUCAUUCACAAAGAUCAGCAGUACCUUGACGACGUCAAGUCGCUUGAAGGGUACAUUACAGAAGAACUCAACGUGCGGGAUCUCGUCCUGUCGUCAGACGAAGACAAAUAUAAUGUACAGUACAGCGUAACGGCGGACUGGCCAGUCCUUGGCAAGAAAUUGAAGAAGGACAUGCAAAAAGUCAAGAAGGCUCUUCCAGAUGUCACCAGCAAUGACUGCAAGACGUAUCUGUCAGAGGGGAAAUUGACGGUGGCUGGGAUAGAAUUGGUUGAAGGCGAUUUGGUGGUCAGACGGGCGCUCAAGGAAGACGAGACUUCGAAGAAUCAAGAAACGAACACUGAUAACGACGUUCUGACCAUUCUAGAUGUGGCUAUAUACCCGGAAUUGGCCCAGGAAGGUCUCGCCCGGGAGAUCAUCAACCGAGUCCAGCAACUCCGAAAGAAAGCAAACCUGAAACCGACAGAUGAUGUCAAGAUGGAAUACAAAGUCCAGCAAGACCCGGACAAUAUCGGGCUCGAGCAAGUGUUCCAGCAACAAAGCUCCUUUAUUGAAAAGGCGCUGAGACGGCCCGUUGAUCAUCACGUUGUAACGGAGGUCGAGGGACCAAUUGUGAAUGGCGAUAAAGGCGGUGCCGAUUUGAUUGUGGAAGAGGUGCAGGAGGUACAAAAGGCGACGUUUCUGUUGAGGUUGUUGAAGCUCUGA